CAUUCUAAUUAAACAUGGAUACAUUUACAAGGAAAUGUAUGGCCUUCGGAUACUGAAGUCAACAGAAACAUAUAUAUAUAAGAAGAAAUACAAGAAAAAUAUUUAUUUAUUGUGGUAGUAUCAGAAACAUUGUAGAACAAUGAGUUAUGUGAGAAAUGUAAAGGAUAUCUUACUUCGUGAAGAGAUGACGAAAGAAGGAGAAAAAUUAUCGUACUGUUGUGAUAUCUGCAAAAAGUCUUUCUCUCGCAGAGGGAACCUAACUACUCAUAAAUGCAUUUCUACUGGAGAGAAACCAUAUGACUGUGAUAUCUGUGGUAAAACAUUCCCUGGAUUUAGUAACUUAACUACACACAAACGCAUUCACACAGGUGAGAAACCAUAUCGCUGUGAUAUCUGUGGUAAGUCAUUCACUGAAAAAGGUCACUUAACUGCUCACAAACGUUUGCAUACAGGUGAGAAACCAUAUCGCUGUGAUAUCUGUGGUAAAUCAUUCACUCAAAAAAGAAUCUUAACUAUUCACAAACGUCUUCAUACAGGUGAGAAACCAUAUCACUGUGAUAUCUGUGGUAAAUCAUUCACUCAAAAAGGUAUCUUAACUACUCACAAACGCAUUCAUACAGGUGAUAAACCAUAUCGCUGUGAUAUCUGUGGUAAAUCAUUCACUCAAAACGGUAGCUUAACUACUCACAAACGUCUUCAUACAGGUGAGAAACCAUAUCACUGUGAUAUCUGUGGUAAAUCAUUCCCUGGAAGUAGUGACUUAACUACACACACUCGCAUUCAUACAGGAGAGAAGCUACAUCAAUGUGAUAUCUGUGGUAUGUCAUUCACUCAAAAAUGUUCCUUAACUACUCACAAACAUCUGCAUACAGGUGAGGAACCAUCUCACUGCGAUAUCUGUGGCAAGACAUUCACUCGAAAAGGUCACUUAGCUACUCACAUACGUUUGCAUACAGGAGAGAAACCUUAUCACUGUGAUACCUGUGGUAGAUCAUUUGCUCGAAACAUAGUAUUAAGUAUUCACAAACGCAUUCAUACAGGAGAGAAACCAUAUCAGUGUGAUAUCUGUGGUAAAUCAUUCACUCAUAAAUGUAACUUAACUGCUCACAAACGUGUGCAUACAGAUAAGAAACCAUAUCACUGUGAUAUCUGUGGAAAGUCAUUCACUCAAAAAGGUAGCUUAACUACUCACAUACGUUUACAUACAGGAGAGAAACCAUAUCACUGCAAUAUCUGUGGUAAGUCUUUCUCUCAAAGUGAUGACUUGACUAGUCACAGAUGUAUUCCUACAGGAGAGAAGCCAUUUCAGUGCAAUAUCUGUGUUAAAUCGUUCUCUCGAAAUAGCCACUUGAUUCAACACAACCGUAUUCAUACUGGGGAAAAACCCUAUCAGUGUGAUAUCUGUGGUCAAUCAUUCUCUCAAAGCACUCACUUGACUAAUCACAAGCCUACACAUACAGGAGAGAAGCCAUUUCAGUGCAAUGUCUGUGGUAAAUCGUUCUCCCGAAAUAGCCAGUUGAUUCAACACAAAUGUAUUUAUACUGGGGAAAAACCAUAUCAGUGUGAUAUCUGUGGUAAAUCAUUCUCUCAAAGUGGUACCUUGAUUCAACACAAGCGUACCCAUACAGGAGAGAAGCCAUAUCACUGCAAUAUCUGUGGUAAGUCUUUCUCUCAAAGUGAUGAUUUGACUAGUCACAGAUGUAUUCCUACAGGAGAGAAGCCAUUUCAGUGCAAUAUCUGUGUUAAAUCGUUCUCUCGAAAUAGCCACUUGAUUCAACACAAACGUGUUCAUACUGGGGAAAAACCAUAUCAGUGUGAUAUCUGUGGUAAAUCAUUCUCUCAAAAUAGCAUUCUUACUCGUCACAAACGUGUUCAUACAGGAGAGAAGCCAUAUCAUUGUGAUAUUUGUUAUAAAUCAUUCACUGAAGAAAGAGACUUAACUAAACACAAAUGCAUUCAUACAGAAGAGAAACCACAACAAUUUGAUGUCUGUGGUAAAUCAUUUUCUCAAAAUGAUCACUUGACUAGUCACAGACCUACACAUACAGGAGAGAAGCCAUUUCAGUGUAAUAUCUGUGUUAAAUCGUUCUCUCGAAAUAGCCACUUGAUUCGACACAAACGUAUUCAUACUGGGGAAAAACCAUAUCAGUGUGAUAUCUGUGGUAAAUCAUUCUCUCGAAAUAGCCACUUGAUUCAACACAAAUGCAUUCAUACUGGGGAAAAACCAUAUCAGUGUGAUAUCUGUGGUAAAUCAUUCUCUCGAAAUAGCCACUUGAUUCAACACAAAUGCAUUCAUACUGGGGAAAAACCAUAUCAGUGUGAUAUCUGUGGUAAAUCAUUCUCUCGAAAUAGCCACUUGAUUCAACACAAAUGCAUUCAUACUGGGGAAAAACCAUAUCAGUGUGAUAUCUGUGGUAAAUCAUUCUCUCGAAAUAGCCACUUGAUUCAACACAAAUGCAUUCAUACUGGGGAAAAACCAUAUCAGUGUGAUAUCUGUGGUAAAUCAUUCUCUCAAAAUAGCAUUCUUACUCGUCACAAACGUGUUCAUACAGGAGAGAAGCCAUUUCAGUGUAAUAUCUGUGUUAAAUCGUUCUCUCGAAAUAGCCACUUGAUUCGACACAAACGUAUUCAUACUGGGGAAAAACCAUAUCAGUGUGAUAUCUGUGGUAAAUCAUUCUCUCGAAAUAGCCACUUGAUUCAACACAAAUGCAUUCAUACUGGGGAAAAACCAUAUCAGUGUGAUAUCUGUGGUAAAUCAUUCUCUCGAAAUAGCCACUUGAUUCAACACAAAUGCAUUCAUACUGGGGAAAAACCAUAUCAGUGUGAUAUCUGUGGUAAAUCAUUCUCUCGAAAUAGCCACUUGAUUCAACACAAAUGCAUUCAUACUGGGGAAAAACCAUAUCAGUGUGAUAUCUGUGGUAAAUCAUUCUCUCGAAAUAGCCACUUGAUUCAACACAAAUGCAUUCAUACUGGGGAAAAACCAUAUCAGUGUGAUAUCUGUGGUAAAUCAUUCUCUCAAAGCACUCACUUGGCUAAUCACAAGCCUACACAUACAGGAGAGAAGCCAUUUCAGUGCAAUAUCUGUGGUAAAUUGUUCUCUCGAAUUAGCCACUUGAUUCAACACAAACGUAUUCAUACUGGGGAAAAACCCUAUCAGUGUGAUAUCUGUGGUAAAUCGUUUUCUCAAAAUAGCAUUUUAACUAAUCACAAACGUGUUCAUACAGGUGAGAAGCCAUAUCAUUGUGACACCUGUGUUAAAUCCUUUUCUGAAAAUAGCUCUUUAACUCGUCACAUACGUGUUCAUACUGGGGAAAAACCAUAUCAUUGAUAUCUGUGGUAAAUCAUUCUCUCAAAGUAGUAACUUGACUGAACACAAACGUUCACAUACAGGAGAGAAACCAUAUCAGUGUGAUAUCUGUGGUAAAUCAUUCUCUUAUAAUAUUAACUUGAUUCAUCACAGACGU